AUGUUGCUGCCAGAAGAAGACUCGGACGUGUUCAAACGCUGGGUGCUACCCAAGCUCGAGACAAUUUCUGACGCCGAUGCGGAAGUGCUUGCUGACUAUGUGGUUGCGCUUGUCACUACGAAAGACACAGACGCCAACAUCAGGCGCAACUGUCUAGAGAGUCUUUCGGACUUCUUGCAGGAUAAUACUGCUCUUUUUGUGGAUGAAGUCAUUCGCACCCUCAAGAACAAGAGCUACGCUCCACGCGCGAACACGAACGUCUCGACCGAGGCGCCGGCACCCAUACCCUCGAUAGUCGGGACUUCGACCGCCGAAUACCUCCCAAAUCCCGCCCACGCCUUCAGUUCUGCCCCUCUCCAUGCGCCCAAAGGCCCAGCAGCAACUCGAGGCUCGAACGGUGCGCACCGCUUACCCGACCGCCCUACUGGAGCCUCACAGGGCGCAAAUGCACAAGAGCAGGGUCAGAGGUCGCGGAAACGCAAGCAGAACGAGCGAGACACAAGCCAGUCGCGAGAAGGUCUCGACCUGCACUCGAACCGCCAUACUGGCAAUGACAGACCCGUCAAACAGACAGCGCGCAGGACAGGGAAGAACGGUCGCGUUGGAGGCUUGAACGCACAAGCACCUGCAUUUGCACCAAUGCCGAAUAUGCCUCCGCUCAAUCCGGCGUUUGGGGACAUCCCGCCAUUCGAUCCUGGGAAUCCCAUGGCUUUCCUAGCUAUGGCCGCAGCGUUUGGAAUCAAUUUACCGGGCAUGCCUCCUAUGCCUGCUUUGAAUGCACAAGGAGCGGGCACGAGCAACAUCAGAUGCGCGGACUACGAUACAAAGGGGUUCUGUGCAGCUGGGAGUGUCUGUCCUUACCAACACGGACUCGCGUACGACCCAGAUCAGCCCGGGCAGGGCCUGAACGGAGGAUACAGCGAACCCAGAUAUGCGCAGGGAGAUCGAAGCUGCAGCGGACGUCGUUCCGGCGGCCGCACUCGUGCUCUUUUUUCGCUACCUGGACCUACAUAUGACCGCACGAACACUACUAUUGUGGUCGAGCAGAUUCCGGAGGAUAACUACAGCGAAGAAGCUGUGCGAGACUUCUUUGGGAAGUUUGGCACCAUACUCGAUGUACGGAUGCAAGCCUACAAGCGCCUGGCUGUUGUCAAGUACGAAACACACGAAGCCGCGAACGCCGCCUACAACAGUCCGAAAGUCAUCUUCGACAACCGCUUCGUCAAAGUGUACUGGCACAGAUCCGACACCGACCUCGGUCCUCCCCAGAACAAUCACAAUGGGUUUGACGCAGAUGGCGAGGAAGCUGGCUACGGAGACACUGAAAUGUUGGACCCGGAGGGGAUCGAACGCCGCCAAGCUGAAGCUCAACGGGCCUUCGAAGAGCGCCGGAAGAAGGCAGAAGAGGCAGCAGCCAAAGCAGAAGAGAUCGACCGCAAGCUGCAAGAAACCAACGCCGAAAUCCUCCGUGUACGUCGCGAACUCGCCAGAGCAUCUGGAGACGCGAACGGGGACAUGGAAGAAGACUUCUCCCAAGACCUGGCGACCCUGCAGGCAGAAGCUGAGAACCUGUUUGCGCAGCAGGAUGCCGCGGUUGAGUCCUGGCGUGGCAGUAGUCGUGGUGGGUACAGAGGCGCGUAUCGAGGUCGUGGAGUCGCACCGAGAGCUAGAGGUUUUAGAGGUGGAUACCGUGGGCGUGGUGCGCCGUUCAGCAGCGCCAGAACCGGCGUGAAGAGACUCGACAACCGACCAAGAAGGAUUGCUGUCAAGGACGUUGAGCCUGGGAGCAGGAAGGAUGAGGCGCUGAGACAGCAUCUAUUCAACGUUCCUGAUGUUGUCGGCACCGAACAACAUCCGCAGCAGUCGGAUACCCUGAUCAUCACGUUUGGCGAACGGUAUCAAGCUGAAUCGUUCAUCGACACCGCAUACCAGAUCCCGGACGUUGGCAAGCUGGAGAUGGAAUGGGUGCCUAAUGACGCCUUUGGUGGCGUGAAAAGCGCGGACGCACAGGCUGAAGGCCAUGAUAGCGAUGACGAGUCUUCAGCAACUAUCGAGGGGGAGGAGAAGGCUGCUGCUGCCGAAGAGACCAUGGGAUCUACGGCGGAUGCGGAUAUGGACGUUGCUGAAGAUGAGGAUCAGUGGCUGUGA